GGACCCCCAUGGCCCUCAAGCUCCUGUCCAAGGCCUCGACCACGCGCCAGGGCUUCCUCUACGAGUUCUGCGUGGGCCUGGCCCUGGGCUCGCACCCCGGCAUCGUGGCCACCUACGGCAUCGGGCUGGAGACGCCCGACGGCUACGGCUUCCUCUGCGAGCCGGCCCUGCGGGGGGACCUCAUCGCCCUGAUCCGGCCCAAGAGGGGCCUUCCCGAGGCGGCGGCCCAGCUCUGCGCCCAGCAGAUCUCGUCCGCCUUGGAGCACAUCCACUCGCGGGGCCUGGUGUACCGAGACCUGAAGCCGGAAAACGUGCUGGUGUUUGAGCCGGGCUGCCAGCGGGUGAAGCUGACCGACUUCGGCCACACGCGGCCCCGAGGGACCCUGCUGCGCCUGGCCGGGCCCCCCAUCCCCUACACGGCCCCCGAGCUGUGCGGCGCCGGCCGCCGGCCCCAGGGGCUGCCCAUCCAGCCCUCCCUGGACGCCUGGGCCCUGGGCGUGCUCCUCUUCUGCCUGCUCACCGGCUACUUCCCCUGGGACCAGCCGCUGCCCGGGGACGACCCCUUCUACCAGGACUUCCUGGACUGGAGGGCCUCCGGGGAGGCCCGCGACCGCCCCGCUCCCUGGGCCGGCCUGACCCCCGCGGCCGAUCGGCUGCUGGGGGCGCUGCUGGACCCUCGGCCGCGCCACAGGGGCCCCGUGGGCUCGGUGCGGGCCUUCCUGGGCCGGGCCUGGAAGGAGAAGGGCGACAGGGACGAGGAGACGAGGGGGCCCGAGCCGGACGACGAGGAGGGGGCCGAGUGAGCCGGGAGGAAGGUGUGUGUCCUCCCUGGGGGGCCCGUCUCCCGCCUCUCGUCCCCCCAUCCCCCGCCUCCUCCCUCUGGAGCCCCUCCUGCCUCCAAUAAAGCCUCAAGAAAGACCCUU